AUGCAACAUGCUAGAAUAUAUAAUCUGUCUAAUUCUAAAGCAACCAGAGUAACAUCAAGCAAUCAGACUAAGUCCGAUAGUGUAUCAAAAAACUAUCCUAAUUUGAAUAUCGGUUCGAAGGCUCUAUUAAACAAAAAUGCUGGUGCUACCUUGACCGUCGGCAGGAAGAGAUCAAGAGAGAAUCUCCAUGUUCAAGACAAACCAACAGAAAGUCAGGUUACACCAAAGGAAAGCAUAAGAAGUACAUCGAUAUCUGAUAUAAGCUAUGCAGAUUUAAGAGAUACAUUUGAACCUGUGAAGGUCACUGUAUGGUUUCACGAGCUAAGGACAUCUGAUGAAGAUGUCAUUAUAGAUUCCAAUGCUUUGCCGGGAUCUAAAGUUGGUGAUGUAUACGAACUAGAAACUCUUCUGAAGGUCAAGAAGUUAGUUUUCGUAAUUGGAUAUCAAACUUUGAAAGACAACACAGAACAGGCACAAAAAUAUAACUUUCAGGUAUCUUUGAUAUCUAAUCCCUUGCAAAAAUUAAUGGAUUUACCACCCAGGAGUUUGGUACUAAUAAAGAAAGUUUCGGACAUCUCACUCGUUGAAGCUGACUCUAUUGAGAUAUAUAUAAAGGACACCAAUUUUUCCAGAGAUUCAAUGUGGGCCUUUUCUUCAAAUCUUGUCAAUACCUGUUGCUACGUAAGCAAGAGAUUAACGUUCUUAGGAAGUAGGACAGGUGUAGUUAAGUACAUUUACAAAAACGGAAGGAGGAUUUUAUCAGCUUUUAUUAGUCAUAAAACCAAAGUUGUGUUUCGUUCUGAAAGUGCAAAUAUAGUCUUUUUAAUUCAAUUGUCUAGAGAAAUGUGGCACUUUGAAGAAAAUGGGGAAAUCAUGUUUCAUAAGCUCGUGAAUAAUUUAUUCCCCAAGAUAUUUAAGACGUGGAGAGAUUCAAACUCACAUCAUUCAAUAUCAAUAGUUCUUUUCACUAGCGUCGAUCUCACAAAUACACCUUGGAUCUCAUUGUGCCAGGGCGAAAGACCUAAAAACAGAAGAGAUUACUUUAGGGUGGUAGUGGAUCAAGUAAGUGUAUAUCAUUGGGACAAAAUUAUGGCGAAUUUACGUCUAGAGUUUGCAAACUUCAAAAGAGAUAUAAUGCUAAAUACAGAAGGCGACUACUACAUCAACGAAGGUGAAUCGCUUCCUUCUGUAAAAGGUAACAUUUUGGAAGCUAUUAAUGUGGGUAUGACAAUGGUUACCGAUAGAUUCAAAAACACCGACUUGAAGCACACAUCAACACAUUUUGUUGUUAUAACUCCAGGUACCGGAUUGUAUGAUGUUGAUUAUGAUUUGCUACUAAAGACUAGUAAGAAAAUGGGAAGCUCAGAUAAUGCUUUAGAUAUAAUUUGCUUGAGCCAACCUCCAUUGCAUGUUGUACCUCUCUUUCGAUAUUCAAUGAAUGGUAAGAUAUGUCACUCAGUACCAAACUGGUGCUAUAUUUCGUUUUACCGCGAUAAUCCUGGACACACGAGCCAAUGGAUUCCUCGUUGUAAAAUAUAUGAAUUGCAAAUGAUGGGCGUAAUGGAAAACGAUGGGAAUGAAAUUCUGUUAGCAAGAUUUGAAGUAUUUCAAAAUGCGAAAUCCGUCGUCGGAGCUAUGGAGAAUUAUGACAAAAAGGCUUUCAUGCCUAUUAAUACCAUCAAUAAAUCUGAAGGCAUUUCAAAAGCUAUAAAAAAUGCUUCCAAACUUGGGCUGCCUGGUCUAAAUUCUGUAUUAUCAUUGAUCAAUGUAUCUCGUGGAGAAAAUAGUACCGCAAAAACCAAUGUUUCAACUACUAAUUCGUCCGUAUUGGGAACAGUUGCAAAUACGGAUGCAACUGCCCUCUCUUCUUUAUACUUCUUGAACAAAAACACGGAAGAAUUUCGCCUGCUUCCAUCUUCAAAGUCAAGGAGUAUUACACCAGCAUCCUCAAUCAAUAGAAUUAAGCCUUUGGGAAUCCAGAGCCGACAAACUGAUAGCUCUAGCGUCACAGCCGUCAACAAAAAUGAGAAUAAUGAGCAUAAAAUUAGGGAUGCUGUUAGAAUAGAAAAUCACAGGAAGUCUUCUGUAGAGCCAGAACCUAAGAAUGUUUCAGACCUCUUAUGGGUUGACAUUGAUAAUCCAUCAAAGGAUGCGCUGAAAGAUAUUCUUCGCUAUUUCAAGUAUGGCAGAUGGAACGACGUUUUUCCUACCCAUGUGAAGAGAAGGCUAAUUAAAUGGAGGUCAUUCCAGUCUCCAGCUGUGUUGCCAAUUACCGUUUCUGCGUUCCCAACAACGAAACAACUUGAAUGUGAAUAUACCUUUCAAAUUUAUACAGUUAUAUUGAAUGAUGAAAAUUACUUAGAACUCGGUACUACCAGCGAGUUGAUGAGAGAACUAAUUCAAUUGAGGUUGCUACUUGGAUUUCAAAUAUGCUACAAUGAAAAGGUUGUCCAAGUUGAGACAGAGAGAGGACCAGAAGGAAAUGCUGAAAAGUUGAUUAAAUAUUUUCCAAAAGGAAGUUGUUAUGGGACAAUAAUAUAUUUGUCAUUGCUUGGAGAGAUCCACAGAAUUACUUGUGACUAUAAUGGAUAUUUGAAUAUUCAACUUUAUCGUAAAAUCCAAAACCUGGAGGAAAAGCGAAUUAAGCUUGGACCAUCACCAAAUUAUAUACCAUUGAUUAGAACCCGUUAUGUGGAAGAGUACAGUCCUGCGAAAGUCGAUAUUUUGAAAGCGAAGCCGAAAAAGUAUAAUUGGAAUCAAUUUGAUCAAUUCCUUGCAGGCUAUGAGGAUUCGGUUCCUGAUGAUAAUAAGAUCUUUCAUCAAAUGAAAUUUGUCGUUGUUCCAUCUAAAAUUCCUAAAAAUGCGUUUUACAUUUCAAAUGAGAAAUUGACUGACGAAGAAAUAAGAGUGGAAGGUCUACGGAAAUUGAUUGGUAUCAUAGAAAGGGGUAAAUAUAUAAGGGAGCAGAAAAGUGGCAGAAAAGAAGAAAUUUUACCUGAUAUUAAUUUUUACACUGGUAAUCUUUAUGAUUUCUUAAAUGAACAAGCUGAGAAUUAUGAUAUGACAGGAAAUCAACCACCGUUGAUGCUACCGGACAGCAUUAGAUUCAAUAAAAACAUAAAGCUAAGUCUGUUGAGUCAGGCGCUUCAGGAUCUGGCUACAGGCUUGAGGCUUGUCGAUAGAACGUGGCACUUCAAAACACAUCCUCAUUGUUUUAUCGGCAGCGAGCUAGUUUCAUGGUUGAUUGAAGGUUUCGAUGACAUUGAUAACAGAGAUCAAGCUACAGCAUACGGACAAAAUUUAAUGGAUAGGGCGUUGUUCAAGCAUGUUGAAAAUAGACAUGGGUUCUUAGACGGCCAUUAUUUCUAUGAGUUUGAAGACGAAUAUAGAGAGAAAAGCAAUAAAUCUGAGAAGACUAGUUGGUUUAACAAGAUUAAGGAUAGCGAGACUUCAUCAAACGCAAAACAAAGUUCGGAUAAUGAGCUGCAAAGGUCGCCAUACUUGGCGCAAGAUUCUAUUGGAUCUGAGACCUCCUCUCUAUCAAAGUCCAAGAAAAAGUUUAUUUUAAGUAGAAUGGUCAAAUUCAAUGUUGAUCCGUUGAAAAAAUCAUUCCGAAACGAGCUUGUAACAGUGCACUAUGAUAGGGUGCAUAAUCCUGAACAUUGUUAUCAUAUUCGAUUUCAGUGGCUAAAUACUACUUCAAAGUUCAUCGAUGAAACUAUUAACAAUUGGAGCAGAUUGUGCGAUAGACAUGGACUCAAACUAAUAGAAACACCUUGGGAAGAAUUGUGUACAAUUCCUUUUACGAAUCAGUUUCAUUCUUAUGUUGAGUUAAAAUUGGAAUUGAAUCCUUGGACUGAUCCUGAAUUCCUGAAUUCGGCGGUUCUAAAGGACAAUAUAUUUCAAUAUCAUUUAUAUUUAUUGAAAAAAUCGGGAUUCUUGUUAGAUAAUAGAUCUUCUGUGUUUUUUCAGAAAGAAAAUAUCGAAACAAGUUACAGCUGGGGAAAGCCAACAUUUAGAUAUGCUCAAUUCAUACAUACGACAGGUUACUACAUUGUUGAACUACGAACCAAAGGUGAUUUCUUUUUAGCGCCGAAUAAUUAUCAUAUCAAAAGGCUCAAUGUAUCUUCCAUUCAAGACCCUGACGCUCAACAAAUCAUGUUAGACUUUAGUUCCGCUUGCAAAAAUAAAGACUUUUUGCGUCAACUUUUCCGGGAAGCGAAAGCAGCCUCAUCAACUCGAGAGCAAGAAAACAUUUUAGAUGCGGACAUCUUACCUUCCUAUAUAUAA